AUGCUUAGAGGAUAUCAAAAUAGGACUAUCCGCAUCUGUUCUGACAGUCAGGCUGCUCUCCUAUUACUGUCAAGGUGUAAAUUCACAUCUUUGUUAGUGUGGGAAUGCUUCUCGGUCCUCUGUGACCUAUCCACUCAUAACAGGGUAUCCCUGCAUUGGGUACCUGUACAUAUGGGUAUCGGUGGAAAUGAGCUUGCUGAUGAAGCGGCACGAGCUGGCUCUAAUAUCAUAAUUAGAAAUGGACAAGCUGUUGGUGUAAAAUUUGACGUGAAUGGAACAUUAUAUGAAAUAAAGGCAAGGAAAGAAAUCAUAUUGUCUGCAGGUACUGUCAAUUCAGCUCAGAUACUAAUGCUUUCAGGUGUAGGACCAAAGGACGAACUUGAAAAGCAUGGCAUUCCUCUUGCUGCUAAUUUACCUGUUGGAAACAAUUUACAAGAACACUACUCAGCAACAAAUGUCUAUGAACUUAAUCCAAGCAUACUUUCUUUCACCAAGUUGCUUGCCAGCAAUGCAAGCUUCCAACAGUACAUAGAAAAGAGAACAGGAAUAAAGACUUGCCAAAAGCAUUCAGAAACUGAAGCCAUGAAAUCUAUUGGGUCAAAGUUUCUUCGUACUGCAUAUCCUGGUUGCGAGAAUUUUGAAAAUUUUUCAGAUGAUUAUUACCGCUGUCAUGCAAGAUCAGUUCUAUUAACACAAAGUCAUCAAGUCGGGACUGCGAAAAUGGGAGACGAAAAUGAUCCAUCGACUGUAGUUGAUCCAGAAUUACGUGUGAAGGGCAUAAAAGGAUUAAGAGUUGUGGAUGCAUCUGUAAUGCCAAUUGUUCCUUCUGGAAACACGAACAUUCCUACAAUCAUGAUUGCAGAAAAAGCUUCUGAUAUAAUUAAAAGAACUAUUAAAAAAACUGAAACCAGAUCUUUUUCAUGGGUUUCGUUUUAG